CUUUCCCGGGAGGGUUCCCGGGGCUCCGCGUUGCCAUAGCAACCCCACGCACCCGACGGGGAUGGCGCGGGCUGUCUGGGCUUCGCUACUACCGGAAGUGACGUAUUUCACCUGCCGAGCGAGGGCGGGGUGGGACCGCGCUGCGAGGUGCGGCCGCCGCCAGCCAGUCGGGAGCUCGCGAGGAGACGGGAGACUGAGGCCCCGGGGUGAGAGCCGCCUACCUGCCGUCGUCUCCCACGGCCGGGCCGCCACCAUGGCGCUUCUGCUGCGCUUCGUGCUCCUGUGCGGAGUGGCGGAUUUCAUCAGAGGUUUGAGUAUCACUACUCCUGAACAGAUGAUUGAAAAGGCCAAAGGGGAAACUGCUUAUUUGCCAUGCAAAUUUACCCUCGGGCCUGAAGACCAGGGGCCUCUGGACAUCGAGUGGCUGCUGUCACCAGCCGAUAAUCAGAAGGUGGAUCAAGUGAUUAUUUUAUAUUCCGGAGACAAAAUAUAUGAUGACUACUAUCAAGACCUGAAAGGACGAGUACAUUUUACAAGUAAUGAUCUCAAAUCUGGUGAUGCUUCAAUAAAUGUGACAAAUUUACAGUUGUCAGAUAUUGGCACAUAUCAGUGCAAAGUGAAAAAGGCUCCUGGUGUUGGAAAUAAGAAGAUUCAGCUGACAGUUCUUGUUAAGCCUUCAGGUAUACGAUGUUAUGUUGAUGGAUCAGAAGAAAUUGGAAAUGACUUUAAACUCAAAUGUGAACCAAAAGAAGGUUCACUCCCACUACGAUAUGAAUGGCAGAAGUUAUCCGACUCACAGAAACUGCCCACCUCUUGGUUACCAGAAAUGACAUCACCUGUUAUAUCUGUGAAAAAUGCCAGUGCCGAAUACUCCGGGACAUACAGCUGUACGGUCAGAAACAGAGUGGGCUCUGAUCAGUGCCUGCUGCGCCUGGAUGUCGUUCCUCCUUCAAACAGAGCCGGGACAAUUGCAGGAGCUGUUAUAGGAACUUUGCUUGCGCUCGCGCUUAUUGCUCUUAUUGUCUUUUGCUGUCAUAAAAAGCGCAGAGAAGAAAAAUACGAAAAGGAAGUUCACCAUGAUAUCAGCUCACAUAGUCUAAGAUUUUUUAGAAACGUUCUUUGGGAUCUUCGCUUUCUAGAGAAGACGUGCCUCCUCCCAAGAGCCGUACGUCCACUGCCAGAAGCUACAUCGGCAGCAAUCACUCAUCCCUGGGAUCCAUGUCCCCGUCCAACAUGGAAGGAUAUUCCAAGACUCAGUACAACCAAGUGCCAAGCGAAGACUUGGAACGCGCUCCUCAGAGUCCGACGCUCCCACCCGCCAAGGUAGCGGCCCCUAAUCUCAGCAGGAUGGGGGCGGUGCCUGUGAUGAUUCCAGCGCAGAGCAAGGACGGGUCCAUAGUGUAGAGCCUCUGUGCCCGUCACCCAUGCUCUCCUCUGGAAGUAUGAACACCCGUACAUUUUGCUACCAGCCUCAAAAUAGGUGGGAAAAAAAAGCUAACCAAAAACUGUAAGAAUAAUACAUCAAAAAGGUUUGUUUGGUUAUACUGAAAUAGUAAAGGCAUUGAAGUUCUGAGGACAGAUUCACUAUCUAAAUAAUAUUUCCUUUAAGAGCUUGACUUUAUAGGUUUCUGAAUAUCAAUACUUAAGUCAGAUGUGGCACUUUGAAUAUGAAAUCAGAGGUGAAGAAAAAAUUGGUGAACUUUCGUGCACACCAAGUUGAUACUUGAAUCAUCUGAAAUUUCUGCCGUUGUCUUUAGAUUGCUUUUUUUUCCACGUAAUUUAUGUGACCCGAUAGUGUUCCCCAAACCCCCUCAAAAUCGGUAAAGAAAGAUUCAUGGCAAAAAGACUUACAUGCAUUUAUGUUUGUUCGUGUUUUCACUUCUUUGAAAGCUUUGUGUUUGAAAUGUCUCUAAUAACUAGGAAACACUGCAGGGUUCUAGAAAUCACCUAGUUCCGUGUCAUUCAUAAGCCUUGGAUAUGAAAUGACUUCUUAAGUAUUUAAUGGAUAGAUUGCUGUGGGUGGCAGGGACAUAGUAGGCUCUUUGGUAUGCUAGAUUAAAGGAGCAUUUAUCUGAUUCGUUUAGAAAAUUUGCUGUUACCUGUAUACAGUGAGGACAUUCGUGGUGCAAUAGUGAGGAUGGAUUUUGUUGGUUAAUGUUCCAGUGCCCCGAGGCCUGUGGUGGUCUGCAGAACAGUGUCCUGCUAUCAAAGAUGUAGAGUAUUUUGCAGUUCCCAAGUAAAUGCUGGCCCUGCGCUUUAGGUGAUAUUUUCCUAAUAAGAAAAAAAAUUAUAACUCAUUUAUUGUUUGGCAAUUACAGAUUGUCAUUCUCUAAAUUAUUGGUUCUAAAUUGAAGAAUUUUUUGUUUUCCUGGUUCGGUUCGUGUUUGUGAUGGUGUUGCAUAGUAUAUAUUCUAGAAAGGUAAUCUGAAAUUUACCCUCUUGAAUGCAGUUCCUGGAGGAUAUUUUCUUCAUAGACUUAGAAUGAUGAACUACAUUUUAAACUAGUAAGUGUCCUCUGUCAAUUCUGUAUUUCAGACUUGGGAGGAUGUACAGUUGCUAUUGUAUGGCCAACAUGUCUUGUGUAGUUUCAGAAAUUCAAGUUGAGCUUGGAAAAGUUUGUCUUAGUUUUGUGGAAGUGACUUAAUCUUUUUAAAAGAAAAAAAGAGAGAGAGAAAUGAAAGGAAAAGGAAUUAGAAAAAUACUCCUACUGCCAAAUGUGUUAAAUACUGUUUUAGUAGAUGAAAGUGAAUUUAUUGUAUUUCCCUUAAGAUUGUGAGGGAGUGUGGAUUUAGUAGAAUGAGCCAACAGUUUCUUUAUAGUAAUAAGGUCUGCAAUAAAUUAUUUCACUAGCUCUAAAACCUUUUCCCUAGAUUUUAGUAGGGAGUUGGUUUCUGUUCAUCUCUUUGGGUGCUGUGGUGGUAAAUGCUACAUUAUACAUUAAUGUUGGCAUGUAUUUAUGAUUAGGCAGAGUAUUGUAUACAUUUUUUAAUGGCAAAUUAAAGCUGAAUGUGUAAUGGAUUCGUGUAUAGUUUUACAUAUUUGGAAGCAUUUUUAACAUAGGUUUUUAACGUUUCAUAAUGUUGCUUUUAUACUUACGUUAACAUUUUCAUCCGUGCCUUUUGGGUAAUUUAGUUGUAUUAUGAAUUUCUGGUGCCUAUGAGCUAGCUAUCACCUGAAAGGUGCUUAGAGGUGAAGGUACUGGUCCUGAAAGUGCAUCACUGUGAUACCUGUCUAUCCUCAUACCUUCAGUCUUGCCUCUUCCUCUUCUUUUUGGAUACAAGGUAACUGAUUGUGUUACUCAUAUAAAGUUUUUAAAAUGUCAACAUCCCCUACACUCUUUGACUGUGUUUCUGAUUUUAUAAUAAUAACUAUUUUUGAAUAUCAGAGCUCUGAUCUGUUUUAUAUGAAUAAAAUGUAUAAGGUAUUAUAGAAGUAAAUAACCGAGCACAGACAUUACUAAUAAGAAUUUUGGUCUUUCCUGGUCCCAGUUUUGUAAUGAAAAGUAUGCUAUCAGUAUAAGUAGAAAUCCCUACAAAAAGUGGACAUAUGUAAGGCUUUCCUUACCUUAGACUUUGUAGUUAAUCUGGGAUUUGGCUGUAGAAUCUCUUCCGAAAGUGCUUUUCAGGCAAGAAUCCUGGAGUGGUUGCCAUUUCCUAUUCCAGGGGGUCUUCCCUACCCAGGGAUCAAAUCCGCGUCUCUUGCGUGUCUCCUGCAUUGGCAGGUGGCUUCUUUACCACGAGUGCCAUCCGGGAAAACCCCAUUGUUUUCUCUUCCCUUAGACUUCGCAGUUAAUCUAUGAUUUGGCUGUAGAGUCUCUUCCAGAAUGCUUCCUUCCAAUUCAGGUCCAUUACCACCUACAGCCUGAGAAACAAGCUCAGGCAAAAAGGCCACUGUCAUGACCUCAAGAGACCUGUUAGAUGUGGUUGAGUUUAGAGGACAGAACUCAGUUUUCAGUUUAUAUCUCCAGCCACUCGUAAAUUUCAGUGAAUCCAAAAGUCAGAUAGUACUGAUAACUUCCUAAAUAAUUCUGACUGAUAGUUUCCACUGAACUAGAGAUCAAAUAUUUGUUCUAGAAUUACUGUUGGUAAUCAUCAAGCAAGUCAACAAAAGAUGAUUAUUCAAGCAUUUUCAAAUGUCAGUCAAGGACAGCACUGAACCAUCAAAGCAAAGCUGUUCCAUUCCACUUUGUACCUAAGAGAUUGACACCGUCUUUUUGAGUUAGUUGGGGUACCUUUAAAAGAAAUAUAGAGGUUAUAAUUCUGUAUUUUGAAUAUGUAGGUUACAGGUGUUUGUUUUCAUAUGGCAACCUUACUAAUACUUACCUGUUUGGAGAUCAAAAGCAAAAUUUAUUAAACUGGCCAGCUAUUCCAGGCAGGUAACCUUUAAAUUUGGGCUGUCAUGGAGUUGUUACAAUGGAAGCACAGACUGAGUGUGUCUUAUGGGGACGUUAAUUCAAGAAACACAAUUAGAUUAUUGGUAUGAAGACAUGGUUCUUACUAAAAAGAUGAUUUUUAGGAUUGAGUUCUGGAAAUUUGUAGCAGGUGAAGGGGCAGAUAAGACAAUUUGAUUAAAUAUGAAAAGAAUUCAUUGCAUGAAGUUGGAUAUCCAGUCCUGUAAUGUAUGGCUUCUUAACUAUUCUCUGUCUUUCUGUGUGCGUGCAGCAUGUAAAUUUGAAGUUAUAUAAAUGUUGAAAGUUUUUUUCUAAUCUUUUUUCAUCUCCAUAGUGUUUAAGGCUUUCAGAUGGCCUUAUUCCAGUGUGCAAAGAAAAAAAUUUCAUAUUUUUUGUGGUUAAUGCUUUGAUGUGUCAUGUAAGGAGUAGUUUGUAGAAAAUGUUGGCACAAUUUUAACUUUUUAGUGGCUUGUGACAUAUUAUAUAUAUGUGUAUAUAUAUAUAUCUUUAUAAUAUUUCUGUGUUUAGUAGUAUAAAUGUUCUGGGCAAGUUUUAAUAUUUCAAAUGCCUUUGGAUAUUCUUGCAAUAAAGGCGAUGUGUUCUGUAGUUAGACCUUUUUUACUCAUUUGACACUAAAAUGGUUCAUAACUGAGCACAAAUUCUACCUAAUAGAAACAGGAGCGAACAAUAUAUACAUUGGUGAAUUGUGGUUCUGUUUGUCUUAUGAAAGGUAACACCAACACACAUUUGUGGUUUUGGCUUCUCACUGUUAAUUAAAAUCUAGUUUUGCAAAAUAUCCUAGUUGUGAUUUCAGAGUGUGGUAAAUGUCAUUUGAGUUUGGUUUAGACCUCAAACACUAAAAGCUCCAAAGAACUCUGUUUUCUACUAACUUAUUUUAUGACACAAGCGUUGAGAGAGCCACAAUUCACUGAUUGUCCUUCUCAUCCUAACUGUGAAUUUUUGUGACACACACACUUGUACUACUGAGAAGAAAUAUUUUGACACUUCACAUAUGCAAGUAGAGAACUGCGGGUGUCAGUUUCAAAAAUGAUUUUUUUUUAUAUUUCAAGUUUCUGGCUUAAAUAUCCAAUGGUGCAGAUUUUGAAAUUUGUAAGAACAAAGUUUGGUUUCACAAAAGCCAAAAACUUGCUCUAGUUUUGUGACUUUGUGUACUUUGAAAAUAAAAUCAAGAAAGCAA